AUGGGCUCACAACAGGUCAGCAUUGAUCUGGGUGGCCUUCAAAAGCCGAUUUCCAACUUUCGUCCUCAUUUAUGGCGCCUUCUUGAACGCGACCGCGAGAUCCUUAACCUUGACCUGUUCUGGCCCAUCAAGCUUGAUGAGGAAAGUGACGACGAUGAAGAUGAAGAGAAGGACGACAACGGCGAUGGUGACCCAAAGGGCGUCUUCCCAUUCAAAGACCUUAAGCCUCUCAAAGAGUUCCGCAAUCUACAUUACCUCCAACUCAAUGGCAUGAUGAGAUCCUACCAACCGCUGAUAUGGGCUACGUGUUGGGUUAACCCAAAUCUCACUAAAGUCCGCCUCGAAAUGGCCCUAGAGCCGGUCAUCUGCGAAGACAUCAUGCACAAAUACCGCAAAAUCGACCCAAACUGGAUUUACGACCGCCUGUCCGACACCCCAGUCGAAUGCGAAUAUCUCGGCUCUCACGGCAACGGCACGUUGCAUGAAGAAUUUGGAGAGGGCGAAUAUCUUGAUCAACAAGCCAUGAAGGCAGGCCAGAUGGACAUGGUGCAAGCCCUACCUGUCGAGAACAUGCGCUAUCUGCCAAUCACUCAUCUUACACUGAUGAACUUUGUCGUCGACGGUGGCCCGUUUUUCCGCUGGUUCGAUCCUAAGAAACUCAAAGAGAUCACCUUCCUUGGCGAUUGCAUCGAUGCCGGCUUUUCCUUGCCUCGAGAGAUGAAACUGCCGGUCCGAGUCAACUCACCAAAGCCUCCACCACCUGCCAGGUGGGUCAGACCGGGCGAGGUCAAGCUCAUCGACAUCAAGCGACCAAAGGCGGCCACGGAAAAGGCUGAAAGCGACAAUGCGAGCACGAGUGCGAGUGCCAGCGGAAGUGCGCAUGGAAGUGCUGGUUCCAGCGGAUUAAAGGGCAAACUAAGCCAGAUGAUGCCGAAAUGGGCGUCCAAGUGA